AUGAGCGUGUUCAUUAUCUAUCUAUCUAUCUAUCUAUCUAUAUACACACAUAUAUCUAUCUUAGUCUGUUCUUAUCUCUCAACGCCACUGAUUCUAUCAGUAUCUAUCUAUCUAUCUAUCUAUCUAUCUAUCUCAUUCUCUUCAGUAUCUAUCUAUCUAUCUAUCUAUCUAUCUAUUAUCUAUCUAUCUAUCUAUCUAUCUAUCUAUCUAUCUAUCUAUCUCAUUCUCUUCAGUAUCUAUCUAUCUAUAUCUAUAUAUAUAUAUAUACAUAUAUCUAUCAUAGACUGUUCUUAUCUCUCAACGCCACUGAUUCUAUCAGUAUGUUCAUAUCUAUCUAUCUAUCUAUCUAUCUAUCUAUCUAUCUAUCUAUGUAUCUAUCUAUCUAUCUCAUUCUCUUCAUAUGUUCAUAUCUAUCUAUCUAUCUAUCUAUCUAUCUAUCUAUCUCAUUCUCUUCAGUAUUUAUAUAUCUAUCUAUCUAUUAUAAAUGGAAAUUAUUUUGUUUUUGACGAUUCUUCUUCUUCUUCUUCUUCUUCUUCUUCUUCUUCUUCUUCUUCUUCUUCAGACAAGCCUCCUACUCCUUGUUGUUGUUGUUGUUCUUCUUCUUCUUCUUCUUUAAGACGAUUCGUUUUCUUCUUUUUUCUUCUUCUUCUCCCUCUUCAGACGAUUCGUCUUCUUUUUUCUUCUUCUUCUUCUUUUUCAGACGAACCUCCUCCUCCUACUCCUUGUUCUUCUUCUUCUUCGUCAGACGAUUCUUUUUCUUCUUCUUCUUCUUACGAUUCUUCUUAUCAUUCUUUUUCCUCCUCCUCCUCCUUUUCUUCUUCUUCUUUUUCUUCUUGUUCUUCUUCUUCAGACGAACCUUCUACUCCUACUCCUUAUUCUUCUUGUUCUUCUUCUUCUUCACGAUUCUUCUUCUUCUUCUUCUUCUUCUUCUUCUUCUUCUUCUUCUUCUUCUUCUUCUCUCAAUCAGCAGCAGCAGGGGAUCCCCUAGAGCCAACCUCAAACGGCACCAGGGUGCAGCCGUAUCCGUCUCUCACGGACUUCAGCCACCAGUUCCUCAUACCGAAGCAAAUUUCAAUCCCUUCUUCCCGCGUCGCUGUCAGCUUGCCAAGCCACAGAUGUUUCUUCUCGAUACCAAUUAACACUACAUCUGGCCUCAGUCCAGACACAAAAACCUCCACUGGCUGUGUUAGCAUCAACCAACACUCUCCGCUUCCUUGA